AUGCAAAAAGAACACAGAGGACACAAAGCUCAUGAAUGCUGGUCAAAAGUGGACCGAGUUAAUAAAAACAAUGCAAGUAUAUGUUGCUUAGAAGAAACAUGCCUAAAUACGUCUGAUAAUAAAGAAAAAAAUAAGAAAUGGUGUCUUGACAGCGGAUGUACGUCACAUAUGAGUCAUGAAUUGAAAAGAUUCAUUAAUAUGGACAAAGCUGAUAACAAAACGUUAAGGUUAGCAUCAGAAAACUGUCUUGCACAAAUCGAAGGACGAGGUCCAGCAAAACUUUACACCUAUAAAAUACCAAAUCUGAAACUAACUGAAGCCUUGUACGUACCAUCGCUGACUACAAAUCUAAUGUCAGUUAGAAAAAUAACAGACAAAGGUGGAACAGUUUUAUUUAAACAAAAAAAUGCUAUCGUGAUGCGAAACAAUAAAAUUCUGUUAAAAGCACUGAGACAUUCAGUCGGUUUGUACUACGUUAACGAAAACAUAGAAGAGAAAGCUAAUUACUGCGAAGCAAGCAAAAUGCAGCAAUGGCAUAGAAAGUUAGCACAUCUAAAUGAAGGACAAAUGAGAAUAGCACUUGAUAAGAAAAUUAUGGAAGGCUUAGAAUUCAAUAAAAGUGACACAGUUAAAGAUUGUGAAGUCUGUGCUAAAGGCAAAGCAACAAAACUACCGUUUAAUGCACCUAAAAAUGAGCAACAAAAUGUAGAAGAUAAUAAAGAUUUGAAAGAACAUGAAAUUGAUGAAACUGACCAGGAAUUGAACAAUGAUGAAAUAUUUGUUGACGCAAAUACAGAAAUAGAUCCGACUAGUUCUACUGAUAAAAGACAGAGAAAACCACCAGCAUGGCAUCAAGAUUGA